AUAAAAGCAAAGAAACAAAAGGUUGGUUGGCAUACACAGCUGAAAAAAAGUACAUUUUAUUCUUUUUAUUAGUUAUAUAUUUUCUCUAUAAAUACCAUACAUAUGCAAAUAGGCAAAAGCCAAAGCCAAAUUAUAAAUUUAAGUUUGUUUUUCUUCUUAAACUAUAUUUUCGCUGAGAAUAAUAAUGAAAGUUGAAGUUGAAGUAAUCUCAAAUGAGAUAAUCAAGCCCUCAUCACCAACCCCAACUCAUCUUCGCCAUUAUCAACUAUCCUACCUUGAUCAAAUAUCUCCACAAACAUACAAUCCUCUAAUCUUGUUCUAUGAGUUUAAUGAUGCCGAGUCCAACAAGAUCGAAGAAAUAUCCAACAAGAUUAAGAAAUCUUUAUCACAAGUCUUAACCCUUUACUACCCUUUAGCAGGGCGAGUCAAGAAUGACCGAUUCGUCGAUUGUAACGACGAGGGAGUUCCUUACACAUUAGCCCGAGUAAAGUCACCGAGUCAUGUUUCAGAAGCCAUUAACAGCAAUCCACUCCCAAAAGAACUCAACGAGUUUCUUCCCUUUAAAGAACUCUUUCCAUUACAAGAAUUCACCUUAGGCGUCCAACUCAACAUCUUCCAACACGGCGGAGUGGCUGUAAGCUUAUGCCUAUCUCACCAGCUCGCCGACGCAUUAUCUUGCAUCAUGUUUGUCAAAGCAUGGGCCGCCAUAGCUCGUGAAGAAGGUGAUCGAGUUUCGCAACCCGAGUUUGUUUCGGCCCAGUUGUUUCCUCCUGUGAAAAUACUCAAGUAUGAUCCAAACUCAGGUAUCAAUAAGAACGUCGUAUCUAAAAGGUUUGUGUUUGAUGGCAAAACAAUUGAAGCUAUUAGGUCAAAAUACGCCGAGAAAAGUCGUUUGGAAGGAGAGAAAAGACUUUCUCGAGUUGAAGCAUUAUCUUCUUUUAUAUGGACUCGUUUUGUGGCUGCAAACAAUUCCAACACCGACAAAUCCGAUAAAUUUUACGCAGUUUUUCACCCCGUAAAUCUUCGUCCGAAGCUUGAUCCGCCAUUGCCCGAACACUCAUUCGGAAACCUUUAUCGAUGGGGUUUUUCAUUGUUCCCUAUGUCGUCGCCAAUGGCAGCUAUUGGACGUAGUUCAUUCUCGAGCGAAGAGUACGGUUGUGAGGCUGUGAGGAAAAUAAGAGAAGGGAUUAGGAAAGUGGACAAUGAUUUCUUGAGAAAAGUUCAAGGUGGAGAGGAAGAACAAUUGGAUUUCAUUAUGGAAUUUGGAUCAGAAAUGUACAUGAUUGGUGGAGAGUUGAGAUCGUUUAGUUUCAGUAGUUUGUGUAGGUUUCCAAUUUAUGAUUCUGACUUUGGUUGGGGAAAGCCGUCGUGGGUCAGCUCAGCUGCGUUGACUUUUAAUAAUCUUGUGGCUUUGAUGGACUCUAGAACUGGUGAUGGAAUAGAUGCCUAUAUUGGAUUGAAAGAGGAUCAAAUGGCUAAGCUUGAAGCUGACCAAGACUUUCUUAAAGCCACUUCACCUACCAUAUGUGAAAUAUAAUAUUUUAAGAGGAAAAUAUUAGGUAAGCAUAUGGUUAGGUAAGGUUAGAUUUGUUAUACUUUGGAUUUGUAUAUAUAAACAUAUAUGAUAAACAAAAAAAAAUGGAUUUUUGUAAUAUUUUAGAUUAUUUAUGACACUUUGGAUACUUGUUAUUAGACUAUUAUUUAUAGUAAUUUAUACUAAUUACAUAUGUUCUACCUAUAAUUUAACUUUCAAUUUUGAAUACUAUAAUUAACUAAUUAAGUGUGA